GAAUAUUUGCCUACCUGCUUUUUUUGGUGAUAUUUGCCUACCUGCUUUAAUCCAUUUCGAAUGGGCCAAAAGGCGGCCCGCUGUCCACUGUAAUCUGACUAAAAUCUUAAACCCUAACAUCUUUUCAAUUUCAUUCGCAGAGUUCACAACCGACCAUGGGUAUUGAUCUGGAAGCGGGUGGCAAAAGCAAGAAGACGAAACGCACAGCUCCGAAGUCCGACGACAUUUACUUGAGACUCCUUGUGAAGCUUUACCGAUUUUUGGUGAGAAGAACCGGAAGUCAGUUCGAUGCCGUCAUCCUGAAGCGUCUGUUUAUGAGCAAGAUCAACAAGCCUCCGCUUUCUCUCUCCAGGCUCAUUUCCUUCAUGAACGGAAAGGAGGACAAGAUUGCUGUGUUAGUUGGCACUAUUACCGAUGAUUUAAGAGCUUAUGAUGUCCCCGCAAUAAAGGUUUGUGCUCUGAAGUUCACCAAAACUGCAAGGGCCAGAAUAGAGAAGGCAGGCGGUGAAUGUUUGACUUUUGAUCAGUUAGCUCUUCGUGCUCCUUUAGGACAGAACACGGUUCUGCUGAGAGGUCCUAAAAAUUCUCGUGAAGCAGUUAAACACUUCGGCCCAGCUCCAGGUGUUCCACACAGUCACACCAAGCCUUAUGUCCGUGCCAAGGGGAGGAAAUUUGAGAAAGCAAGAGGCAAAAGAAAUAGCAGGGGAUACAAGGCUUAAUUUUAUUGUUGUGAGGCAAAAGAAAUAUCAUUUGCACUCUGGUAUUGGGAUUUUGCAAGAUAUCAUCUAUCAUUAGUGUGAAUUGUUUCACUCUAGUGCUUAGUUGAUUUCAAACUUUUUGAGGUGUAAAAUUUUGGAUCUUAAAUUUACUUAUAUACCCAAUUGUGUCUCUUAAAUUUUGUUGUUACAGUUCACACAAUCAUACUAUGGUGAAUGGGGCCUCAUCUAAUAAGCAAUUUGCCUCUACAUUUUAGUUACAUUGUUUAGGUAAAAAAAUUGACAACCCUUAAGUCUUGAAUGAUGAGGAUUGAGGAGUUUGUUAUCAAGAGCGCUUGUGAGUUGUGAUUGGAAGAAAGUGUCAUAAUAAAACAUUCUGAUUUCAUGAAAUCAAACCAAAAUUUGAGAUGAAAUCCUUUAGGCCGUUUUAGAGGCCUUAGGGCUUAGACUAUGGGUGGACUUGGGCCGGGUGGCCUGACCCGGAACCGGCCCGGCCCGCCACUGUUCCGGCCCGGCCCGGUGGCCUGGUCAUGGACCGGUCCGGGUAGGCCCGACCCGAGGUGGUUCCGGUCCGGGCUCGGGCCCCUCAAAAUGUGAACCGGCCCGUAAAAAUGUUGACGCUAUCUUUUUUUUUAAUAAUGCCCUGUCAAGGCGGAAGCUGCGGGUAGUCAUGGACCCGGGCCGGGCUGGUUCCGGGCCGGGCCCGGCCGGGCUUUUUUUUGGGAAGGAAGGCCCUGGACCGGCCCGGGUAGCCACCGGGUCCGGUCCGGGUCCGGGCUGGGCCGGGGUGGGCCUCCGGUUCG